AUGUCGCUAACGCUAGAUCAAUUGGGUAUCCGCCAGCAAGAGUUGUUCGGUAGAGUAUCUCGAGCGUACGAUAAUCUACUCAAGCUUGGACAGAACAACAUUACGCGACAAGCAAUAGAAAAUCGCCUCGAUCAGUUACGCGCUAACUGGAAUGAGUUCCUGCGGAAUCACUUCCGGAUUCUGGCGCUGUGCACGGGUGAUACAGCAGUGAUUGAUUACUUCAAGUCAGAUUGCUAUGGCCUUGCAGAGGAGGGUUACUUGAAAUCAGCGUCAGGUAUGUCUAUAGAGCUACAAAAGCUACCUCCAGAUCCAGUGCCGCAACCUUCUCCAAUCGCUGUUCCUGUAGUACCGAGAAGUUUGCCUGCCGUACCGGUGCCUACAUUUUCGGGCAACUUCUGCGACUGGCUCGAAUUCAAAGACUUGUUUUCAGCCAUUGUGUUACGUGAGUCUCGCAUAAGCAAUGUUGAGAAAUUGCAACAGCUGAAAACUCACGUACAGGGUGAGGCUGCCGAAAUGUUGCGAACCGUGCAAGUAAUCGAUGCCAAUUUCGAGGUCGCAUGGAGGCUGCUUAAGGAUCAUUACACCAACACAAGAUGCUUGGUAGCUGCAAUAACUCGUGAUCUUCUCUCAGUGCCAGCUGUAACUGCGGAAUCAGCGCACGACCUUAAGGCAUUGCUCAGUGGCACUGUGAAUGCCUUAGCCGCGCUCAAGCAACUUAAACGACCCACAGCUCAAUGGGACGACCGGGUGGUCGCUCUCACUGUCCGGAAGCUCGAUGCUCGAACUUUUAGAGAGUGGGAAUCUACACUUAGCAACACCACCGAGCCACCAACAUUUGUUACGCUCAAGCUCUUUAUUGAGCAACGUAUCUCGAUGCUCGAGAUUGUCGCAUCUUCAAUAGACAAGCAUAACCGCAAGAAGGACAAGGGAGCUAGCAGCUCAACCUUCACGCACACUACAAUUACGGAGAAGUGCCGCUUAUGCCAAGGCGAACACUUCAUCCUGCGCUGCGUCGAAUUCAAGGCUAAAGAACCGCAAGAACGCAAACAGGUAGUUGAAGCGAAGGGCCUUUGCUACAAUUGCCUUGGGGCGCACAAGCUUGAUAACUGCAAAUCGCUCAAGCGUUGCCAAACUUGCAAUGGCAAGCAUCAUUCAAUGCUGCAUGGUAAUCUUUCAACUGCAACGCAUCUCGCAACUUUAGCUUGGCCUGCAACCCUCGCUAAAGGUAAUCGUUUAUCAUGCAACUGGAGUGCAUCUUCAGGUAACACUACACUUUUACCUACUGCUCUGGUAAAAACGCAAGGUCCUGAUGGACGUACGCACGUAGCACGUGCUAUGCUCGAUAAUUGCUCACAGCAAUUUUUUGUUGCAAAAAGCUUAAUCAAAAAGCUUGAACUAACGUACCAAGCGACAACUCGCGAGAUCACUGGUGUCGGCGGCGCCAAGGGUCCACAAGUACACGGACAAGCUCGACUGACCAUUACAUCCAUCAUCAGCGAGAAAUCAACGCUCACUUUCGACGCACUGAUUCUCUCGUUGAUCAGUAAUUAUAGACCUGGCGUACACAAGCUGUCAAGCGACUGGAGAUACCUGCAAGGUUUAAAUUUGGCUGACGACUUUCGGAAAAGCUCGUCGAAAAUCGAAAUACUGCUGGGUGCCGACACACUUCCUAGAAUAUUACAAGAAGGUCUACGCAUCGGAAUGCCAGGGACACCUAUGGCGCAGUGA